UGUCAGCUCAGACACACUGCCCUGGAUAGCUGUGCACACCACAGCCAUCCAGAGCAGUGUGCUUACAUUGAAGCACCAACACACCGCCCCUCAGUAAAACACUCCCAGCACAUAGUUAACCCUUUGAUCGCCCCUUAUGUUAACCUCUUCCUGACCAGUGCCAUUAGUACAGUGUCAGGGCUAUUUUUCUAGCACUGAUUACUGUAUUGGUGUCACUGGGGAUGUCAGUGACGCCAAGUCAGUUCCCCCAGUGUCAGAAUGCCUGUUGCAGUCCCGCUAUAA